UGGAUUCCUCCCAUCUUACUUUUCCUGCCUUUUUUUCGCUGGCUUCAUUGGAGACAACAGAUCCCGACCCCGAAGCCGAAGCCGACGAACCAUUCUACUACUCCGAUUCUAUUCCCGAAUAUACCGGAGACAAGGCCGUCGAAGAGGCCGUCGAGGCGUCUGUGACGCCCAUAUCCAUGAACGAUAAAGCCGAGGUCAACGGGGCAAGCUCACAAACAAGGAUUCAUCACCUUGGGAAAAGCCGAAUGAUUGGUAAUAAAGGCGAACAAAGCUUGAGAUAUAAAAGCCAGGGACGGAGGGUUACUUAACCAUCUCCUCAGUCCAAGGGUGCCGAUAAAAAGAAAUACGCAAAAAAAAAAAAAAAAAAAAAAAAAAAAAAAAAAAUCGAAAUCGAAAUCGUCCUGGCCAAGGACGACAACGCUGCAAAAAGAAAAGAAAAUUGUCCCAAGAUCAACAUUUCUCUUCCAAAGUCUUUCCAACCAACAAAACCGGACCACCAUUGGCACAAAAUGGACUACAUCAGUAACGCCGUUGACACUCUUCGCAGCUGGGCCUGCCCACCAUCUUCCUCGUACUCCUGUCGCUGUAUUUAGUCAGCAAGGCAGUCUACGACCUCACCAUUCACCCCCUGGCUAGAUUCCCAGGCCCGCGGUUGUCGGCGCUGAGCCGUCUACCAUUCUGUAUCGCACGUAUGAGGGGUGACCAGGUUCAAUGGAUGCAUAGUAUGCACCUAAAGUACGGGCCAGUGGUGCGCUUCGGCCCGGAUGAGCUCAGCUACGUAGACCAGGGCGGCUCAGCGUGGAAGGCCAUAUACGGGCAGGAGAAAGGGGCCAAGGAAUUCCCACGCCUCAAGGCGUGGUAUGUAGAGCCUUUUAAUGGAAUCAACCCAAUCACCAGCGUCCCUGCACACGAAAUCCAUCGCAGGUUCCGCGCAGCCUUCUCACCGGCCUUUUCUGAGCGCGCACUGCGGAGCCAAGAGCCCUUGUUUCGACGGCAGAUUGAUCUUUUGAUUUCGAUCCUGGCCAGCGACGCCGCCGAGACCGGGGGGCCGGCCAACUUGACUGAGCUCUUCGAGUUUACCACGUUCGACAUUAUGGGUGACCUGGCGCUGGGCGAGCCCCUGGGGAUGCUGCAGACUCAGCAAUACAGCAAGUGGAUGAAAGCGCUUGCCUCUGGUGUCCGCAUCAUGCCCGUCUUUCAGUUCAUCCAGCACUACCCUCUCGUGUCCAAGAUCUUCAGCCUUUUGGAGCCGGAGUGGGUAACGCAGCUGAAGUACGAGCAUCACCAGUAUAAUGUUGACCGCGUCAACGCGAGGCUUGCAAGAGAGUCGUCCUCCCAGGCUGACAUCUGGAGCUACGUGCUCUCGACAAAGGAAAAGCAGCGGCUCACCGUGGAAGAGAUGCACUCCAACGCUGAGAGCUUCAUGAUUGCUGGGUCGGAAACAACUGCAACUGCAAUGACGGCCUUGACAUACUUCCUCACCACAAGCCCAAGCAGAUUUUCCAGACUCAAGAAUGAGAUCCGCAGUCGUUUUUCGAGUGAGGAAGAUAUCACAAUGGAAACGACGUCCCCGUUGAAGUACUUGAAUGCCUGCAUCCAAGAAGCACUCCGCAUGUACCCACCCCUGCCAGUCGGAGUCCCUCGUGAGGUCACGUCACCCGGCGCUACCAUCCUGGGUAGAUGGGUGCCCGGGGGCACGCAGGUUUCAGUGCACCACUAUGCAAGCAGCCACAGUCCGGGCAACUUUACGGACCCAGACACGUUUGCGCCUGAGCGAUGGCUGGCUCGGGAACCGGCUGACGGUGACAACGGCACCAACGCUACUGACAGUGCGCGUUACGGGUCGGACAGGCUGGAGGCGACGCAGCCGUUCACCGUUGGGCCCCGCAACUGUCUUGGAAAAAGCAUGGCGAUGCACGAGAUGCGGCUAAUGCUGGCCUGCCUGUAUUUCCGGUUCGACAUGGAACUGGUUUCUGACGCUGGGGCAGUGCCUUGGAAUCAGCAAAAGGCUUUUGCGUUCUGGGACAAGAAGCCGCUGAUGUGCAAGAUCAAGCUGGCCAAUGGCGGUAUCUAGAGAGACGGCGGAGUGGAAACUGGGUGAGGUUGAGUGUAAUGAAAGUUCUGGGUUUUGGGCUUUGUCUAGUUCUAGACCUAGUGAUAAUUAAGAAUUGUGACCGAAAGGGUAAGUGGACCAAUUGCAACGGGUAAGAGCGGGGCAGAGGGUACAGUACAUACAGUAGAAUUCAGGGUUCUAUCUUUGUUCAACCACGUUAGUACCUCAGCCGUUCCAGG